GAUAAUAGUGUUCAAUAUGUCAAUGAAACAAUUAACAUUAGCAAUAUUGAAACCGGAUGUUCAACGUUUUAUCAAUUAUCGUAAAUAUGUUGAAUCUGUGAUGUUCGAUGCACAAUUACAAAUUAUUCAUAAUGAAGAGGUUUUUAUGACUCGUGAUCGUGCUGAAGUAUUUUACGCUGAACACAAGGGUAAAUUUUUCUAUGAUCGACUUGUUAAUCAUAUGAUCUGCGGACCACUUGGAGUGUAUAUUCUUGCUGGUAAUGAUGCAAUAUCUGUUUGGCGUUCAUUGCUUGGUCCCACUAAAGUUUAUCGGACAGUUGUAUUUGAACCAAAUAGUUUACGUGGUCGUUUUGGAUUGACAGAUACCAGAAAUGGUUUUCAUGGAUCAGUUCAUUCAUAUAUACUGUAAUGAAUUGACUUCAUUUGGUGUUUUGUUUCCCUCCCCCCCCCCUUUUUCUUUUGUUUGUUUGUAUUAACAGAUUCACAUGAAAAUGCAUUGAAAGAAAUUAAAUUUUUCUUUCCUUCUUUUAAUUGUGAAAGUAUCCUUUCUAAUUUAUAAGAUAACUAUCUUUUUUGUAUAUUUACAUAGUUACUUACCUGCAUUCUAGUUAUGUAAUGUAUUUAAUGUAUUAACAAGUAAAUCAUGUAAAUAGUACAAAUGACAAUAUGAUCUCUCGUUUAUUGUAAUCUGUUUACAAUAUUAUCCAGUUGAAAUUUUGU